CCAAUUAACAGAUGUCCUUUUUUCCCCCCCCAUCAGCUACAUUAUGAAGACCAAUAAAUCUUACAAGCUUGUUCUGCACAAAAGAGGUUUUGGUGGAAAUGAUGAUGAGGUGGUUGUCAAUCCAAAAGCUUUCCCUCAAAUCUGUCUUGGUGACAUUAUUGAAAUUGCGCAUCCCACAGACGAAUACAGUCCCCUAUUGCUCCAAGUGAAGAGCUUAAAAGAUGACCUCCCGAAAGAAACCAUCAGCGUGGAUCAGACUGUGGCACAAGCCUUCAGACUUCGUGCAUACCAAGAUGUCAUUGUUAACAUUGUUGACCCAAAGGACGUCACUCUGGACUUGAUGGAACUGACAUUUAAGGACCAGUACAUCGGCAGGGGUGACAUGUGGAGACUGAAAAAGAGUUUGGUGAGGACAUGUGCCUAUGUGUCACAGAAAGUGGAGUAUGCUGGAAUCAGAUCCCAGGCAAGUGAACUGUGGGGGAAGGGAGAAAAAGUGACCUGUGGAUACAUCAGUGACGACACCAGGGUUGUGUUCAGAUCCAUAUCUGCAAUGGUUUACGUUUUCAUCCAAAUGAGCUGUGAGAUGUGGGACUUUGACAUUUACGGUGAUUUAUACUUUGAAAAGGCUGUGAACGGUUUCCUUUCAGACCUUUUUGGCAAGUGGAAGGAGAAAAACUGCAGUCAUGAAGUGACAGUUGUGCUCUUUUCACGUACAUUCUACAAUGCUAAAUCAAAAGAUGAAUUUCCCGAGAGUUUUAGAGCAUCAAUCCAACAAGAUCACGAAGGUCGAUUUUAUGAAGACUUCUACAGAGUUGUGGCUCAGAAUGAAAGGCGUGAUGAGUGGACAUCUUUAUUGGUCACUGUCAAGAAUCUCUUUAUUCAGUAUCCUGUCCUGGUGCGACUUAAAGAAGCAGAUGGUUUUCCAGUUGGAUAUAAUUCAACAUCUGCUCAGGGAAACUACUUGGAAGCCAUCAACCUUUCUUUUAAUGUGUUCGACAAACAUUAUAUCAAUCGUAACUUUGACCGGGCUGGUCAGAUGUCUGUUGUCAUUACGCCGGGUGUGGGGGUGUUUGAAGUUGACCGUCUGCUUAUGAUUCUGACCAAGCAACGAAUGAUUGACAACGGCAUCGGUGUUGACUUGGUGUGUAUGGGAGAACAGCCAUUACAUGCAGUGCCGCUCUUUAAGUUGCACAAUAAAGCGACACCUGACUCCUUUGUAGGGAAUGACUAUAAUCUGCCUCACUGGAUCAACCACAGCUUCUACACUUCCAAAAGUCAGGAUUCUUGUAAUAACUUUAUUCCCCGAAUUAAACUUGCUGAUCACAAGCGUCAUUAUGAAAAACUAAAGAAAGGCGCAGAACAAACUUUAUGUAUACAAAAGGAGUGUGAGAACGGCUUGCCAAUACAGGUGGACUAUGAAGCGUAUGACUCUCAGGUUUUCAGACUCCCUGGUCCUUCAUUGAUUCAGAGAAGUCCCACUUGCAGAAAUACUUCAACUUUAUUCUGCAGGAUGGGUCGGGGGAAAGAGAAGAGUGGAAAGAAAAUCUGCGCAUCAGUGGAGGUUGCAAUUGGCAUGGGUGUAUCUCCUACUUUGUGUUUUGCUGGUACUGAUGAACAACAUAGUCUGGCAUCUGAUGAUAGUCUCGGACCUGUAUCCAACAUGCUUCUGAUACCCCGAAUGCCCUCUAUGGUUCACGAAGUCAGUAGCUCACUGGGAUACACAUGUGCCAAAGAGUUUUUUGAGAAGACUGUCGAGUCUCAUCGAGACUCAAGUGCCCCUGCUAGGUUUACAGUGGGAAGUGCCGAGUCCACCUUGUACAUACAAUCGGGAGGUUACACACCACAGAGAGCGCUUAUGAAUCCCUUCACACCAACCAGGAUGCCCAUGAAGCUCACAUCUAACCGCAGGCGCUGGAUGCAUACAUUCCCUGUUGAUCCUUUUGGAGAAGCUUUUCAAAUCCAUCACCAGACCUGGCAAAACAUUGCAGAGUUGCAAGACAGUUACCAAAGAGAUCAUGCCCAGGCCUCAGCUGAGCUGCUGGAACUCACAUAUCAGGACACCACGGGAAGGCAAGCAAGCUACCCACAAGCAGAUGAGAAUAUUUUUUACGUGAGGGGAGGGAUGGAAGAAUGCACUCAAAGCCCUGCCAACAGUGGUGCUGGCCUUAAAUGUGAUGUCGUUAUAGGGACCAACAAUUCUUCUGAAUUUGUCGACUCAUCCCAAUGUGCUGACAAUCAAAUUCCCAGCAUCUGCUGUGCAGUGGGGGUUGACUGGAAAUCUCUGACCACACCGGCCUGCUUGCCCCUCACCACUGACUACUUCCCCGACCGGCAAAAGCUACAAAGUGACUACACUGAAGGAUGCUAUGACUUAUUACCACACAGCGAUCUGGAAAGGCGAGAAGAUGACUUGCCGGGGAUGAAUGCUACUCAAGUAUUUGAAGAAUUUGUCUGCCAGAGGUUGAUGCAGGGUUACCAGAUCAUCGUCCCAUCGACCAAGAGGAGACGACAACCCUCUGUGGCUACUCCCCUUGGCAGCAGUCCUUUAUACACCAGAGGUUUGAUAUCAAUGCGUCGAGGAGAGGAAGAAGAGACAGUUUGUUGGCUCAGUAUGGGUAGGACCUUCCAUAAAGUUUGCCUCAAAGACAAGAUACUCACCGUUACGCGAUACUUGCCAAAAUACCCAUAUGAGUCACGUCAUAUCCAGUACAGCUACAGUCUGUGUCCUCCUCAUGUGGAUGCUCAUUUUGUGUCCUGUUGGGUUGAGUUUGGCCAUGAACGACCAGAGGAAUAUAAAUGGAAUUACUUGGACCAAUAUAUCUGCUCUGCAGGCUCGGAGGACUUCAGUUUGAUCGAUUCACUCAAGUUCUGGAGGACAAGGUUCCUCUUGCUUCCAGCUGGAGGAGCUCGGCGUGUGGCUGAUGAAGAUGGCCACUGGGAUGUUUAUGGAGCUGGAUCAAGUACAGGAAUAGGUAGUAGUAGUGACUGGGUCCUGCUAGAUGGUUUCAUCCGCUUCCUUGAGGGAGUCAACCGCAUUCGCCGACGCCACCGUUCCGACAGGAUUAUCAGAAAAGGCACUCCCAUGAAGGCCAUGAAUUCUCUCCUUUCAUAUCCUUCCGAACCAAUGGUGCCACUGCAAGGCAAAAAAGGAACUUCAGCUUUAUCUGCUUUACUGGAGAUGGAUCAGAACCAUAGGACAUUAGAGGAACAACAGCAGAAGCCCAAGCCCAUAACACCUGAACUAUCAAGUGCCGAAAGUCCACGCAAGAUCACUGCUGAAUACAUUGAAGGGGCAUUCCAAGUGGGACUGACAGCUGGAACAUCAAUGCAGUUUGCAGGAGAGAAUGCAACUGGCGUCAGCAAUGACACCAGAUUAGCGGGAAGUAAUAGUCAGUUUGCACUGGAGGACUUCUCUCUAUCCUCUUCGUCAACACUCGUGGAAAUCUUGGAUGCCAUUAAAAAUCCUACGACAGGGAUACUACUGCUCCCAGAACAGAGGGGCCUUCCAUUCAACUGCUUCAUAAGCGCUGAGGUCAUCCACUGGUUAGUCACCAAUGUUGAGGGUGUAACCACACAGAGCAUGGCUGUCGAUGUUAUGCAGAAAAUGCUCGAUGAAGGUUUGGUGGCCCAUGCAUCCGGAGAUGCUAUGCGGACCUUUGUUUAUGGGUUCUACAUCUAUAGGAUUGUGGCAGAAAAGGAUGGUCAAGCCUCACAGCUCCCCCCAACAGUGGCGUGCGGCUGGUCUACUGCAGGCUUGGAAGACUUUGCCUUGUUUCAGAGAAAAUGGUUUGAGGUCGCCUUUGUGUUUGAGGAACAACAACCAACUGAUCUCCCAGCGUUCCUCCUACCAUGGCUGCCUAGUCGACCAGCCUCUUAUGCAAGCAGGCAUAGCUCUUUCAGUCGCAGCUUUGGAGGACGCAGCCAGUCAGCUGCACUGCUAGCUGCUACGGUUCCAGAGCAGAAGACAGUUACUCUGGAUGUGGAUGCUCAUAAUCGCUGGGGUCGAACUGAAUGGUGCACCUGUUAUUACCACGGCACCUUUUCCCUGAAUUCUGCCUUUGAGAUCAAACUUCAUUGGAUGGCUGUCACUGCAGCAGUCCUCUUUGAGAUGAUUCAAGGUUGGCACAGGAAAGCGGCAUCCUGUGGUUUCUUAUUGGUUCCUGUGUUGGAGGGUCCGUUCGCCCUGACAUCACACCUGUAUGGCGAUCCUCUGAGAGCUCAACUCUUCAUUAGUCUGAAUAUUCAUUGCCUUAUGAAAAGUGGUAGUGAAAACCUGUUUGAAGGUUUUGAACCAGAAUCUUACUGGGACAGGAUGCAGCUCUUUCAAGAGGCCAUAUUGUACAGAUUUGGGUUCAUAGUUGACAAGUUUUCUGCUUCAGCUUUUAAUUUCCCGUCAGAGAACAGGCCCCAAUACAUCCAUGUAACAGGCACUGUUCUACUACAACUGCCAUACGCCAAAAGAAAGUAUACCAGUGGACAACAGCGUCGGCGCAGGAACUCCACCACAUCCAACAGCCAGGGGUCAUUCAGUGGUGAAGAUCGCAUUGGCUUCUAUUGGGCCUACAACACUAUGUUGACUAAAGCCUGGAGGACUGGUGCUCUAGGUGACGAAAGGCUGGCUGACCGCCUGCUCAAAGACUUUACAGACUUCUGUGCCAAUAAGGACAACAGACUGCUGAACUUCUGGGAUAGUUGUCUGGAAAAAAUUAAUACCAGUGCCCCCUAAAGGCAGCAAUUACAAUUUCAUGUUUCAUUGCAAUUUUAAAUGCCUGAUUUUUUUUUUUUUUGCAGACAAAAACAAAAUAAGACAUCCCCAAUACCAAAAAACACAGAACUAACCAACCAAAGCACACACAAACAAACUAAAAUGAAAAAAGUAGAAAAAAUAAAAACACAUUUCAGGGCAACUCCAUCUUGUAUACAAACAAUAUACAGCCAGAGCAAAUAUCUUACAAAGACAGCCUUUCAAUAAAUGAGAUCGGUUUUACAGCAUUCUCUGUGUUAAUAAGCUUUAAUGAAUUGUUAUAGGAUUUCAGAUCAUUCUUCCAAUGCAGAAAGUUUGGUCUUGUUUUAAAGAAGUGACAUUCGUGUAUGUAUUGUUUGGCCAACAAAAUAAUA